AUGUCAACGUGGCGGGCAGCAGUCGGUGUGAAACCACCGAUAGCACCGAAACCGGUCGAGGAAGAUGAGUGGGAGACCGAUCCUGAUUUCAUUAAUGACAUCAGCGAAAAAGCAAGCCGUUGGGGUGCGAAGACUGUUGAAGGUUCAGGACAUCAGGAGCACUUCAAUAUGGAUAAGUUUCGAAAAGAGGCUCUGGAAGCAGACAAAAUACAGCAGGAGAAGAAACUCGAGCAGAUGCCCAAACCAAGUGAAGGAUAUGGAGGAAAGUUUGGAGUAAUGACUGAUCGAAUGGACAAAGCAGCUGUUUCAUACGAUUAUAAAGGAAAGGUGGAUCCACACGCAUCACAAAAGGACUAUUCGAUAGGAUUUGGUGGAAAGUACGGCGUGCAAACGGACCGCAAAGACAAAUCUGCAGCCGGCUGGGAUGAGAAGGUCGACUUAUCGAAGCAUGAGAGUCAAAAAGACGCAUCUGCUGGAUACGGAGGAAAGUUCGGUGUCCAAGUUGAUCGCAAGGAUAAAUCAGCAGCAGGAUGGGAUGAAAAAGUAGUACUAUCCAAACAUGAGAGCCAGAAAGACGCGGCGACUGGUUACGGUGGCCGAUUUGGUGUACAGACGGACAGAAAAGACAAAUCGGCGGCAGGCUGGGAUGAAAAGAACGAACUGACGAAACACGAAAGCCAAAUGGACUACAAAAAAGGAUUCGGAGGCAAAUUUGGUGUUCAAAAAGAUCGUCAGGAUGCUUCGGCCGUGGGUUGGGACACAAAAGAGCAAGUUCCCAAACAUGCUAGUCAAACUGAUUACAAGCAAGGGUUCGGCGGCAAGUUUGGCGUGCAAACUGAUAGACAGGAUAAAGCUGCUGUUGGUUACGAUGUUCAUGAUCACCUCGAAAAGCAUGAAAGCCAGACUGAUUAUAAGAAAGGAUUUGGAGGUCGAUUUGGUGUUCAGACUGACAGGCAAGAUCGCAGUGCCGCAGGGUUUGAGUACCACGAGCAGCUGGCCAAGCACGAAAGUCAGGUUAUCAACAAAGGUCCGUUCCUUCGAGCUUACGGAGAUGUGUGA